AUGGAGGACAACGGGAGGACCCAACACGGGUUCCCGCGUGGCUACCGCUUCGUCCCCGAGGAGCCGGAGAUCAUCCGCCUCCUCGACGACAAGCUCGCCGGCCGCCCUCUUCCCUACCCUCUCCACAACAUCUUCCACGACAUCAGGAUCCGCGACUUCCACCCCGCCGAGCUCUACGAGGCUUACAAGGAGCACGAGGAGGACGGGUUCAUCUACUUCUUCAGCAUUCGCGAGUUCCCGACGGCUAGGGGCAACAAGCAGCGGCCGGCGCGCGGCGCCAAGCACGGCGCGUGGAAGGCCUCGGGGGGCGGCAAGGCCGUCAGCACCACCACGACGAGAGGCAGCGUCGACGUCGGCCAGAAGCUCACCUUGGUGUUCUACGACAAGGUCACGACGACCGCCGACGACAAGAGCCCCAAGAACACCGGGAAGACCGACUGGGGCAUGCACGAGUUCACCAGGGUUAUAGGACCCGGCAACAAGGUCGCGGACCUGGCCCUGUACAGGCUCUACAAGAUGAGUAGAGGUAAAAAGAAUAAGAUGAAAGCGGAGCUGCGUGCGGCCACCUCCUCCCGCGAGGCCAAGUCCCCAAAUCGUCUGACGGCAUCGUCGUCGUCGUGUUAUCCAGCCGGAGAAACGUCGCAGUUCAUGGCGAAGCAGCUUCUGGACGGCGUAGCCUCGAGCUCCCGGGCACAUGACUGUGCCGAUGAAUACUCGUUUGGUGUGGCGACGUCCUCGGCGCCGGGGCCAAGCAGCAGCGUUGUGAGCAUGGACGGCGCCGGGCAGCACACCUCGCUGCUGCCCAUGACAACAGCACAAGAGAACUACCAGAUGAUGACGCCGCAGCAGCAGGCCGCCCACCACUUCGGGGCAACAUCGUCGCAGCAGCACUUGGGCUGCCCGGGAGCUGUCGUCGUCGGAUGGAGUGAGCAGCAGCUUGUGAACAUGGCCCCGCCGCCGCCAGCGCCGGCUUUGGAUGACGAGUUCGACGCGUUCUGCGCGGGGAAGCAGCUCUCGCCAAACUGGUGGUUCCCCGUGCUCUCCGACCUCUCGGCCAUCCUCAAAGACCCUCCCAUGCUUAAGGAAGACGAAGACUCCUCCGAGUACUAUAAGCUCAACUUCGACUGUGAUCCCACGGGCCCAAUGGACGACGAGGCGCUGCUGUCCACGAUUGGCGACGAGAUGGUACUGCCUUCGUUGACGAUAGAGGACGCGGAUGCCAGCAAUCAGGUUCGGAGUUGCAGCGACCAACCACAGCCAUUGGAUUCCACCAAUAUUGCUUCAGAGCAGCAGCAACACGCGAGAUCCAGCUAAUUAACUCGCAGUUUUGAUGCUUCGUCCAUUCGUUCAGAUUAAUUUGAAUUAUUGUUAUACUCGUAUGUGCUUUAACUUUGCAAUAAAUAAUGUCAACUUGCAAGACUUUUUGCAAGAAUGUGGCUAUUCUUGUUUGGAUCAAGAAAACAAAGUGGUGAGGAUUGAGAAAUGAAUAAUAGUCCCUCUGUUUCAUAAUUUUUGUCUCAAAUUUGUCCAAAAUUGGAUGUACCUAUUCAUAAAAAGCAUCUAGCUACAUGUACGACAAGAAUUAUGGAACGGAAGUAGUAUGCUUUUCGGAGUUGCAAUCCAACCUGCCUAAUUUGUUUAUCCAUGGCAACGUGUUUGUGAAGUCGUUUUAUUUGUAGCAACGUGUUCGUGCAAUUUAAUUUGUUUUAUAUUUGUAGCAACGGGUGGGGGAGAAUUUAACUAGUCCAGCAAUGCAACGUAUAUAAACUGACUUAG